UUAUGUACAGAUGAAGCAAAAAGGACAAACUUAGAGCCAAAGGAAAAGUUAUAGAAGAACAAAAAAUUGUCACACUAAAAGUGUGUUAAUACACAUACACACAUAUAUAAAUAGAUCAUAUAAUAUAUAGCUAAAUAAAUGAUCAUGAAGGGAGCCAUGGAAGAAGGUUCAAAUAAAUGUGAAUGGCCAAAAACAAGAACAACAUUAAUGGUGGAACUGAAGAAAAUGGGUAGAAUAGCAGCACCAAUGGUGGCAACAACGGUGCUACAAUAUCUUCUACAAGUUGUAUCAGUGAUGAUGGUUGGACAUCUUAAUCAGCUCUCUCUUUCAAGUGUUGCUAUUGCUACAUCUCUAACUAAUGUUUCUGGUUUUAGUAUUUUGUCAGGUAUGGCUGGUGGAUUAGAAACAUUAUGUGGGCAAGCUUAUGGAGCACAACAAUUUGAAAAAUUUGGAAUAUAUACAUACACAGCCAUAAUAUCCCUCACUAUGGUUUCUGCACCAAUCACUAUUAUAUGGACUUUCAUGGACAAAAUAUUAAUUCUCUUAGGCCAAGACAUCACAAUCUCCCUUGAAGCUAGAACAUAUGCACUUUGGCUAAUACCUGCUCUAUUUGGUUCAGCAAUACUUAAACCUCUAACACGUUUUUUCCAAACUCAAAGUUUAAUUUUUCCAAUGAUUAUUAGUUCAUUUAUAGUUUUGUGCUUCCAUGGUGUAACUUGUUGGACAUUAGUGUUUAAAUUAGGGUUAGGACAUGUUGGUGCUGCAAUUUCCUUUAGUUUAGGAACUUGGUUGAAUGUGAUUAUACUUUUUUUCUUUGUGAAAUAUUCUUCUGCUUGUGAGAAAACUCGUGUGCCAUUUUCUAAGAAGGCUUUUCUUGGUAUUAAAGAGUUUUUUGGCCUUGCUGUUCCAUCAGCUGCUAUGGUUUGUCUUAAAUGGUGGGCAUGUGAGUUGCUUGUUUUGUUAGCUGGACUUUUUCAAGAUCCAAAGUUGGAGACAUCAGUUCUUUCUAUAUGCUUGACAAUCUCUACAUUGCACUUUACCAUAUCCUAUGGGCUUGGGGCUGCUACUAGCACAAGAGUUUCAAACGAAUUAGGAGCGGGAAAUUCAAAAGCAGUUCGUUUUUCUGUUUGUACGGCUACGAUCCUUGCAGUUGCAGAGGCUCUUAUAAUAACUGCAAUCCUGUUUGGCUGCAGAAAUAUCUUGGGUUAUGCCUAUACUCAUGACAGUGAGGUUGUUCAUUAUGUGGCUAUUAUGACCCCUUUCAUAUGUGCAUCAAUUUUUACAGAUAGCUUGCAAGCAGUUCUUUCAGGGGUUGCUAGAGGAAGUGGGUGGCAACAUGUUGGAGCAUAUGUAAAUCUUGGAGCAUUUUAUCUAGUAGGAGUUCCUAUAGGUGUAGUAUUGGGUUUCAUUGCACAUUUCAGAGCAAAAGGUCUUUGGAUUGGAAUAGUUGCUGGCUCCAUUGUCCAAACAAUUUUCCUUUCAAUCAUUACUGCUCUUACAAAUUGGAAAAAACAGUCAAUGAUGGCAAGAGAGAGAAUAUUUGAUGCCACUUCUUCGGAUGAAAGUGUAACUGAUCGGAUGAACAAUGCAUAAAUCACAACAUAAUGUCUAUUAAGAUUAUCAAUUAUUAUUUUUAGUCAAAAAAAUUAUUAUUAUUUUUUUAUGACGAGAAUAUUGAUGAAUUAUUUUUUUUUUGGGUCUUAAAUGAAGUGGUAAUUCACUGAAAUUAAACUCACAUAAUUGUGAGAUUCUGUGUUCGAAUCCGGGUCAUGCGGUCCGGUCUAACAAUUUCGCCAUUUUUUACCAGUUGAACUAAGAUUUAUGUAACAUAUUGAUGAAUUAUUUAAUCAUAUAUAAAUCCUCUUUUUCUUUCAA